AACGGAGAUCGGAUCUGAAAUGCUGGCUGGGGACACAUGUGGAGACACACUUGAAUUAAGUCCAGGUGUCUACGAGGUAUUUUAAGAUGGGCAGGUGAGGUCUGGACUCUCCGUGUCCGUGGGCCUCUGACUCUCAGAGGAGCUGAGCUGGAGAGACUGAGGUCAGACAGUUAGAGCUGAAGUCUGGAGGCUUCGAGCGGGACACCGAGCUCACGAUGAAGCACGAGAGGACAACGAGCGGCCGUGAUCCUGGAGAGUGUUGAUCAGGGCGACGUGGUCUGAAGGCUGAGGUUGAACCAGGAUCAUCUCCACCCCCUCCUGCCUCCAGUCCAGCCUGGCUGCUGUGAAGCCUCGUUUGAUGCUUCCUGUCCCUUCAGGCUGCUGAGUCGUCCAGUCGUCCUCCUCUGUUGCUGCUUGGAGCUGGACCCGUCCCCCCCGCCUCCCCCCAUCCAUGAAUCCCUACGGAGAUCCCAACCCUCGUCCCGGUGACGACGUUCCUGCUGCUGACGUCGGACCAAGCCGCCCUCUGGUUUCACCCUCCGCUCCCUUCGGUUACGUCCAUGAUCCAUCUUCAUCCUCCGUCCCGUCUGCUCCGGUCAUCCCCACGGGGCACAGCUCCACCUGGAGGCAGACGCCUCCACCCGGUCAGGCCUCAUCAGACCAAGCCGCGCCGCCGUUACCGAGCUCGGGCUUGCAGCUUCCAGGCUUCGGUCUCAGAUCCAGUUUUCAGUUCAGUCCGGCUCCAGGUUCCACGCUCAACCCCUACCCGGCUCCAGCAGCACCCUCCCACUCCCCCUCCCCCUCCCCCGACCAGGUCUCCGUCAUCAUCCAGUCCCCAGACCCCCACCAGUCUCCUCUCCGUUCCCAGUGCUCCGAGGAGUCCUGCCCGGACCUGGAGUGCUCCAUCUGCUUCAGCCAGUUCAACAACGUCUUCCGCUGCCCCAAGAUGCUGCACUGUAAGCACACCUUCUGCCUGGAGUGUCUGGCGCGCAUCAACGUCAAGUCGACCGAGCCCUCGGCCAUCCAGUGCCCGCUGUGCCGCAGCCUGACGCCUCUGCCCGCCCUCGGCCUUCCCAAGCUGACCACAGACUCAGACGUGCUGUCCUACCUGCCGGCCGCCAUGCAGAGGGUCUACAGCAUCCGCUUCGUCCGCAACAAAGGGAAGCUGCAGGUCAAAAGGUCUUCUGAGAGUGAGCAGCGGUGGGGUCGGAGGUCGAUGACGUCUCUGAGGUCCAUGAACCGCAGCCUGGACGUGGGGCUCCCCAGCCCGCCUCCAGGGGGCCCCAGCCAGCCGACGGGCAUGGGCGGGUUCCUGUUCAGAGUGACGGGCCGGCCGCUGUGCCGGGCCGCCCUCCUCACCUCCGUGGUCAUGAUGAUGGUGCUGCUGACGGGCAUCAUCAUCUUCCUCAUCGUCCAGUGAGUCGCAGCGGAUCCGUCACGUCCCGCCUCCGUCUGUGAAUCAUCGUUUAAAAACACGAGACACUAAAACUCCUGAUGCCUGCUGUGGAUAAAAUGGAUCCAGAUGUGCAACAAAAGCUCUUAAAUCAAAUCUCUGGGAACUGAAGCUGAUGGAAACUCACUCCUGAGCUGAACAUGUAGCGACUUCAAUCAGCUUCUUAACUUUUAACUUGUGCCAAAAAGUUCAAACUGUCACCAGAGCGUCUGAGAACAGCCUCAGCCCGAUGCUGCAGCAUCUCUCAUCACUUUAACCUGCUUCACAUGUGCCAGCUUACAAAGCUGUUUGAUCAGAUUUACUUUCUAAGAGCAUAGACAUUUGAUUUAAGGACCAGGUCAGAAUGAAACGAGACAUGUUUUGAUUCCAGGGACUAAAACAUUCUUCUUCUUUUCCACCAAACUCGCUCAGAUGUAAUAUUUAUGCCCCGGCCACCAGGUGGCGCCGUCCUCCUCCUCUUCUCACGUCUUCUGGCAGCUUUCAGCUCUUUAACAUGAGACUCAGACUCUGUUUAUUUGUAACAGACUUGUUGACUUCCUGUUGCUGGAGCCGCUGGUUCGCUCCCUUAACCAAAUACUGUCAACAGGAGUCAUGCAAAUGACCCGGAGCCACAGUUCGGCGCACGCUCACAGACGCUCACAGCGGGAAUUUGUUUUCCUCAGAAGAGUAAAUGAUGUUUUUUCCUCUGAGGCCCUGGUGGUGCGUCUGCAUGCGGGUAGUGUUGAAUAGUGUAAAUGGAAACCACGCGGUUCAUGAUCCACAGGGACGAGAGCGUUUCUGAACAUCUGGACGAAUGGAACCACGAAGCGUCUCAUGUCUGAGCCGACGGCUCAUGUUCAGGUAAAACAGCCUUCACCUGGUCUGAGGCUGCUCUGGUGACGAGUAGAAACUUUCCCUGAUGCAAAUCGAUCUGAAAUGAAACUAUCUCCAGCUGUUUUAAAAGAGAACGAAGCCGCGGUUGUUUUAUUUCUCUCUUCUUUUUAUGUCGUGUGUGUUUUAGGCUCUGACCUUUUACUGUGUAAUGUAAAAUAAAUGAAAUGAUUUUUAUAUAUUUAUACAAAUAUUUUAGCGACGCUUGCACUGUCGACACGUUUGUCUUGUUUGACCUGAAUAAAUUCCUUUUGAACGAGA